ACGAGUACAGGCGGUGGUCCUCCCCGCUGAUGAUAAAAUACCUCAAUCGCACGGACUUUGAGCUCGACACACUAUUGAUAGGAAGAAGCUGAGUUUGUCAUGACAUGGUCAGGUUCGCCGCGAACAAUUCUGACAGCCAGCCAUUCAUUAGAUAGCCCAACCUGGUACGAUUAUCGGAAUGAAAAAUACUGAAUAAUUAGUCACACACAGUGGAUGAUAACAUGGUUUCAACUGCGGCCGUCUGAAAAGGGUGUCUGCAAAGUGCUGAGUUAUUUCUAGGUGCAACGAUUGGAAACAUCAAGAACAUUGAACAUUCGUUGUACCUGUAUUCGGUGAGAGUUCCCGGAGAUGGAGUCUUUGGAGGAGAUGUGGAGAUCCCUGGUCGGGCUGACCCACAGCCAUCACAUUCUAAUGUCCUCCGUGCUCGGAGUCGGAUUUGGGUACAUCUUGCUGCGUCAGUGGCUAGUGGGCAGCCCAGUGCGGAGCCAAGCACGGAUGGAUGGCAAGACAGUGCUGAUCACUGGGGGAAACACAGGCAUCGGCAAAGCUACAGCCCAGGAGCUGAUGAAGAGAGGGGCCAGAGUGAUCAUUGCAUGUCGUGAUGUGGUGAAGGGAGCUGCAGCUCUGAAGGACAUCCAUGUGGCUAACAGUCAGAACCAGGGCGCCUGCAAGCUACUGGACCUCGCCUCCUUCCAGUCCAUCCGGUCGUUUGUGGACAACUUCCUGCAGGAGGAGAAGAAGCUGGAUGUGCUCAUUAACAAUGCAGCGGUGGCUAUAGGCCCGAGACUGGAGUCCAGGGACGGCUAUGAGAUGCAGUUUGCAGUGAACCAUCUCGGCCACUUCCUCCUCACCAACCUGCUGCUGGAUGUGAUGAAGAAGUCCGCACCCAGCAGGAUCAUCAACGUUUCAUCUAAAGGCUAUGCAAUGGGAAAAAUGAAUUUUGAUGACAUCAACAGUAAAAAGGAAUACAAAGCGUUUGAUGUGUAUGCCAAAUCCAAGUUAGCCAAUGUGCUGUUCACCAGGGAACUAAGCAGCAGACUUAGAGGCAGUGGUGUGACGGUCAACUGUCUGCAUCCAGGGGUGGUGUACACGGAGAUCGGCCGCAACGUCACCCAGCUCGACUUCAAUUGGCUCAUCAAGUUCCUGUUGGGCACAGUGGGUGAAGCUCUGUACUACCUCUUCGCCAACACACCCAAGCAGGGAGCUCGCACCACUGUGUACUGCGCUGUGGCCCCAGAGAUGGAGAACAUCUCAGGAAAGUUUCUCUCUGACAGUCGGAUCUGUGACCUGCUGCCUCAUGCGAUGGAUGCAGAUGAUGCUGAGAGACUGUGGUGCCUCAGUGAGGAGAUGGUUAAACUCAAGAAACAGGAAUAAACAUCAUAGAAACUGCAACAAUUGUCUACAUAGCCCUCAACUUCUGUCUGGUAUUCAGUCUAUUCUAGACAGUCCGAUUGUACCUGUGUCACUUCCAGGGUCUUCCUUCAUAUUGGAUGAUAUUGACCUGGAUGACCUUCAUGAAACAAAUGAUGUUUUCUGGAUAACCAAAGUCAGUUGGCAGUAGUAUUGGUCGGACAACUAUCUGUGUAAAGAUCCAAGUUUGAUGGGUGACUUAACGUAAUAGUAUCGGCCAUGAAGUAGGCCACUGUCUUCCUGGUGCAUUCAUAUAUAUUUGUCCAAAGGGACAAGAUCAAAUUUGCAGAUAUUUUUCUACAACUUUUGUGUUUUUGUAUAUUCGGAUAAGUAUUUGUCUACAGACAGAGCUUUUUGAAGAUUUUCUUAUAACCGUAAAGCUGGUUUAAUUUAGUGCUAAACACUCUGUGCUUUCAUUGAUGCAAGCCACUAAGCAAGUCAUCAGAUGUACAUAGGGCUUUAUCCCAAGCAUGUAUAGAAUUCAUCAGGCACUGGAGUUGGACCUUAUUUGAUAGACUGGUUCUUGGCUGUUCUUGAGCUGCAUGACCGUUAUGAUGUUUAGACCAGGACUCCAUUAUAUAUUCUGACAAAUCAAAAAAAUCAACAUGUAUGUUGGGAUUUCCUCGUUUUUAACCUUUGAGAAGUGAGUAAUAUUGGACAUUAACAUGCGUUUGUUUCCUAAAAUCAAACAGAACUUUCGUCAAAGACAUUAAUAAUUUUGUAAGGCUCAUCUUGCACCUUUUAUUAUAGGAAUUCAAAGAGUCAUAGUGAUAUAAGAUUUAAGUAAGUAUUUGUUGAAUUUUUUCAGCACCUGACAGAUAUUGGAAGACAAUAAUGGUGGCCAUUCCCAUACUGUCUUCCCUCCACUUGAUAAGAUGUAGUGGUGUACUGGACCUCUGUCCUCCACAGCCAUACUGUUUUUCCUCCACUUGAUAAGGUGUAGUGGUGUACUAGACCUCUGUCCUCCACAGCCAUACUGUCUUCCCUCCACUUGAUAAGGUGUAGUGGGUGUACUAGACCUCUGUCCUCCACAGCCAUACUGUCUUUCCUCCACUUGAUAAGGUGUAAUGGGUGUACUAGACCUCUGUCCUCCACAGCCAUACUGUCUUUCCUCCACUUGAUAAGGUGUAGUGGGUGUACUAGACCUCUGUCCUCCACAGCCAUACUGUCUUUCCUCCACUUGAUAAGGUGUAGUGGGUGUACUGGACCUCUGUCCUCCACAGCCAUACUGUCUUUCCUCCACUUGAUUAGGUGUAGUGGGUGUACUGGACCUCUGUCCUCCACAGCCAUACUGUCUUUCCUCCACUUGAUAAGAUGUAGUGGGUGUACAAGACCUCUGUCCUCCACAAUCUCAACAAUGAAUAUCCUCACCUGUCUGCCAUGUUUACCUCUGCCUAUUCAGUGUUCACUUAUGAUUUUGUACCUGUUCAUGUUUUGCAUGUGUUUUUAGUGUUUGAUGGUGAAUGCAAACAUGUGUUCAUUGGGUGCCAGUUACUUUUCUUUUCAGCUACAUUUUUAUACUGUGAUAAUUUUAACUAUAUGUUUUUAUCCUUCUAUCACUGCUAGAAAUCUACUAGUGUUUACUGAAAUUACAAUGAAAUGCCAUUAUUGGUCACUUAUAAGUUUAAACUUUCGAAAACUAUGACCUAAAACACUUCUUUUCUCCAUCUUCAAGGGGAUGGGCACCCCAGCUUGUCUAUAUCCCAGAGUCUAGAGAAUAAAUUCAAAAAGCAGACCAACUCAAGUCUAGAAUGAUUGGGCAAGCCUAGAUUGCCUCAGCUCUGAAAUUAAGCGAUGUUCUGAGGUCAAUUUGAAUUUUAUUAUUUUGUAGAUAUAUAUUUUUAAAUAAGAUCACGUUAUUUCUGGGACUUAAUGUUAGUCUACACCCUAACAAUUGCAUGAUCCACUUACUACAUGGGCCAAGUCUAUUAUUGAAAAUUGUAUCUUUACAAUCAUCCUGAAGGCAGCCAUUUUAACAAACUGUAAUAUUCUAGAGUAAUCUCCCUUUGAAUAUGCCUUUUAAGGCUGAACCUCAAUACAGCUGAGGCGUUUUCAGGAGGGCGGGCGCUCGCGAUAUUAUGCGAGCGUGCACUGUUGAACACGGCUAACCACACGAGCGCACGUGUGUAGUCCCGAUCGAGCCCGAGAGGUAGUUCGCCUCGUAAUCCAAGAUGGCAUUGCACAUUGAACAAAUGUUUGCCUUUGACGAGAAUGGAACCAAUGUCAAAACAAUAAUUUUUUAGACUAGAUCUACCAUCAAAAAGUUAUUUUUCCAUUUUCAAUAUAUUGACCCGUGAUGAUCAGGGAAGACAAUAGGUCUUCCGCUACCCAUAUGUUUGCCAUAAGGAUCGAGUGAUAAGACUCGCUGACUUGGGUGAUGCAUGUAUCACCAUUGCACAGACCGAUGCUCAUGUCGAUUGCUGGAUUGUCUGGUCCUGCACAGGGACAUGUAACUUAUAAUAAAACUAAACACUUUGUUAUCAUGAACAUCAAAGUAUGAACCCAUCAAACUUGUGAUGAAAUUAAAUGUGUGAACCUAUGACACUUGUGGACAGGGCUGUUUUGAUCCCCGGCGACGCCAUUUUGGAUGCUGUGCCGCGAGAGCGAGUAUGCACCUCCCGUUCAGAAAGGCGUGAUAUUGCCUCACUGUAUUCUCGUGUGGUCGCUCGCCCUCCUGAACACGCCUCUGGUGAAGAUGUUUUGCUAUACAUGUUAUAGGCACUUGUUUGUCUACAGGGGGGAACCACAGGGGGAAGAAAUCCUGUGUCUUUGAUGGGGUCAGUCAGUAUUAGCAGUUUAGUCUAUGCUACUUUUCAGUACAUUUUAAUAUUAUUAUAGGGACGAUUAUUAGCUGAGUUUAUCAGACCCAACAGACUUUUACUCAACUCGCGCUUCGGAUUAGUGACCACAGUGACAAGCUGCUGGUUCCUAGGGAAGCAUCCAUGUGACUGAAAUAUAUAUUGUUUAUUUCUUCAUUAUAACAUGUUUCAAUAAGAUGAAAUUAAAUAUCUGACUCUCUAAAUUGUGCUCAUGGGCUGGGUAAACUUGUGUGAAUACAGGCAGGAUUUAUUGUAGGAUAUACUAGCAGGCCAAGUCCAGGGCCCUGUUCCACAAAGCGAUCGUAGUGCCAAGACGAUCGUAACUCCCAUACUAUAACAUAGACUUACGGCAGUCUUAGCCCUAAGAUCACUUUGUGGAACAGGGCCCUGAUUUGGGAAACAUUUAUUACAUAAUGUUGUUAAAGUAAGUGGAUAACAAUGAUAGAUACUUUGGAAGACAAUCAGAUUUGAAUGCAUGUAUAUGUAUAAAAUGAUUGACAGUUCUCUAAGAAAACUCUUUAAAAUCUAAACGCUUGCUGUGUUCGGGAAUAUGUUCAAUUGAGCUUGACUUUUUUACAAGCACCUCUAUCAAUUUGUUUUAAUAACCAAUGUCAUUUAUCACCUGAACACUUUCAGGGAAUCAAUUAUCUAUAUUUGUAUAUAUGGUAAAUAUUCCAUGAUUGUAAUAUUGAUAAUAUGGUUUGCCAAGUACAACGCAAUCUUUUAUUUAUUUUAUACCUACCUCUAAAUGUGUAUCAACUUUGAUGUGUUUGUCUACAAUAAUACCCUUGUUACAACCAUACAUUAGAAUCCGUGAGUUUGAUGUAUGAUUUAGUAUUUUUGUGACAGAAAAUGGUAAUGCUAACACAAGUAUGUAUAACACAUUCCUCUAUCACAAUUACAAAACAUGGGGAGUGCAAAUCCUUGCAUGUGCCUUAAACUUACAUUUUUUUCAAACUAAAGACUAGAAAAGCCAUGUCUCUUUUCACAUCCUUGACAAUAAUGAGUCUUGGAUAUUGUCAUAUAAUGUGGAAUCAUAUUUGAUAGUUGUGAUAGUGUAUAUCAUGCAUGUAGGUUGUGGGGGGUUUAAAGAUAUACAGUGUUUCAGGCUGGUGUAUAUCAUGCAUGUAGGUUGUGUGAGGUUAAAGAUAUACAGUGUUUCAGGCUGGUGUAUAUCAUGCAUUUAGGCCAUGUGGGGCUAAAGAUAUACAGUGUUUCAGGCUGGUGUAUAUCAUGCAUGUAGGUUGUGUGGGGUUCAAGAUAUACAGUGUUUCAGGCUGGUGUAUAUCAUGCAUGUAGGUCAUGUGGGGUUAAAGAUAUACAGUGUUUCAGGCUGGUGUAUAUCAUGCAUAUAGGUUGUGUGAGGUUAAAGAUAUACAGUGUUUCAGGCUGGUGUAUAUCAUGCAUGUAGGCCAUGUGGGGUUAAAGAUAUACAGUGUUUCAGGCUGGUGUAUAUCAUGCAUGUAGGUUGUGUGGGGUUAAAGAUAUACAGUGUUUCAGGCUGGUGUAUAUCAUGCAUUUAGGCCAUGUGGGGUUAAAGAUAUACAGUGUUUCAGGCUGGUGUAUAUCAUGCAUGUAGGUUGUGUGGGGUUAAAGAUAUACAGUGUUUCAGGCUGAUGUAUAUCAUGCAUGUAGGUCAUGUGGGGUUAAAGAUAUACAGUGUUUCAGGCUGGUGUAUAUCAUGCAUGUAGGUUGUGUGGGGUUAAAGUUAUACAGUGUUUCAGGCUGGUGUAUAUCAUGCAUGUAGGUUGUGUGAGGUUAACGAUAUACAGUGUUUCAGGCUGGUGUAUAUCAUGCAUGUAGGUCAUAUGGGGUUAAAGAUAUACAGUGUUUUUCAGGCUGGUGUAUAUCAUGCAUGUAGGUUGUGUGGGGUUAAAGAUAUACAGUGUUUCAGGCUGGUGUAUAUCAUGCAUGUAGGUUGUGUGGGGUUAAAGAUAUACAUUGGUUCAGGCUGGUGUAUAUCAUGCAUGUAGGUUGUGUGGGGUUAAAGAUAUACAGUGUUUCAGGCUGGUGUAUAUCAUGCAAGUAGGUUGUGUUGGGUUAAAGAUAUACAGUGUUUCAGGCUGGUGUAUAUCAUGCAUGUAGGUUGUGUGGGGUUAAAGAUAUACAGUGUCUCAGGGUGGUGUAUAUCAUGCAUGUAGGUUGUGUGGGGUUAAAGAUAUACAGUGUUUCAGGCUGGUGUAUACCAUGCAUGUAGGUUGUGUUGGGUUAAAGAUAUACAAUGUGUCAGUUUGGUGUAUAUCAUCCCCAAAACACACUUGCGUUUCAGGUUACCUGGCCAACUAUUUAUUUCGCUUGCCACCCAAAUGUUUUUAUCAUUGUUUCUGCAUAUUAUGGUUGCUUUAUUUAUUUUGACCUACAACAUAUAUAUGUUUGAGAAACAUAUAACCUCAGUUUUAAACAAACGGUGUGUGCUAAAAGUCAUGAAAAAAAUAAUAUAGAAAAUUGAACCCUACCAACGGAACCCAUACAACCACAAACCUGUACAACCUAGGCUUUUAGCCUGGUGUUGAGAAGAGGUAACAAUAUAUAUGUUUCUAUGGAGUUAAUCAGCGCUACAUGGUUAUUAUUUACUGUAUACAGGUCUAUGUCUUCCAGCACUGAUGGCUGCGAUAUUUCAUGGUUUAUAGUUGCAGGAAUAUCUCUACAGACAAACUUUCUGGACAUUAGCCACAAAACAAAGUCAGAUCAACUUUUUAAAUGAUCUGAGUGCUACGCCCAAAAUGAUUUUCGUGUUGCAGCUGUCUUGUUUAUUAUUUACAUGAAUCUCACAACAUUAUUUGUCAUGAACAUUGUUCCAAUAUUAUCAAUAUUUCAAAAGUAAAAUACCUUUUUCAGGAUGAACAAAGGAUGCACAAAUAAUUAAUUAUUUGUUUCUAGUUUUGAAAAAAAGGUGGGGUAAGCACUCUCAUUAAACAAGGAUAUGUCAUGCUGAAUUAUUGUUUGUUUUUAAGGAAUAAGUGUCAGUGAAAAAUAGCAAUAAAUUCUUAAACUGCUGAAGACAUAGCUUGCUGAAGGUGUUAUGAUAGCUAUGGUAUUUAUAUACAUGAUACAGUGAUGUUCUGAGUUCCAUGAUACUGAUCAAGUACUCAGGAUCAGCAUGUGUUUCCAAGUAGAGCAAUAAUAUUCUUGCAUAUAUAUAUUAGAUGCACAAAUUAUGAGCAUGUGUAUGCACACAAUACAUCAAUUAUACAACGAUAACAUUGUAUACUGUUACUAGGCCAAUACAACAUUGUAUACAUUGAUAACAUUGUAUACAGUUAGUAGGCAAAUACAGCAUUGUAUACAUUGAUAACAUUGUGUACAGUUAGUAGGCCAAUACAACAUUGUAAACAUUGAUAACAUUGUGUACAGUUAGAAGGCCAAUACAACAUUGUAUACUUUGAUAACAUUGUGUACAGUUAGUAGGCGUAUACAACAUUGUAUACAUUGAUAACAUUGUGUACAGUUAGUGAGUCAAUACAGCAUUGUAUACAUUGAUAACAUUGCAUACAGUUAGGGCAGUACAACAUUAUAUACAUUGAUGACAUUGUAUACAGUUAGUAGGCAAAUACAACAUUGUAUACAUUGAUAACAUUGUGUACAGUUAGUAGGCCAAUACAACAUUGUAUACAUUGAUAACAUUGUGUACAGUUAGAAGGCCAAUACAACAUUGUAUACUUUGAUAACAUUGUGUACAGUUAGUAGGCCAAUACAACAUUGUAUACAUUGAUAACAUUGUGUACAGUUAGUGAGUCAAUACAGCAUUGUAUACAUUGAUAACAUUGCAUACAGUUAGGGCAGUACAACAUUAUAUACAUUGAUAACAUUGUAUACAGUUAGAAGGCUAAUACAACAUUGUAUACAUUGAUAACAUUGCAUACAGUUAGGGCAGUACAGCAUUGUAUACAUUGAUAACAUUGCAUACAGUUAGUAGGCCAAUACAACAUUGUAUACAUUGAUAACAUUGCAUACAGUUAGGGCAGUACAACAUUAUAUACAUUGAUAACAUUGUAUACAGUUAGUAGGCUAAUACAGCAUUGUAUACAUUGAUAACAUUGCAUAGUUAGGGCAGUACAACAUUGUAUACAUUGAUAACAUUGUAUACAGUUAGUAGGCUAAUACAACAUUGUAUACAUUGAUAACAUUGCAUACAGUUAGGGCAGUACAACAUUAUAUACAUUGAUAACAUUGUAUACAGUUAGUAGGCUAAUACAACAUUGUAUACAUUGAUAACAUUGCAUACAGUUAGGUCAGUACAACAUUGUAUACAUUGAUAACAUUGCAUACAGUUAGGGCAGUACAGCAUUGUAUACAUUGAUAACAUUGCAAACAAUUAGUAGGCCAAUACAAUAUUGUAUACAUUGAUAACAUUGCAUAGUUAGGGCAGUACAACAUUGUAUACAUUGAUAACAUUGCAUACAGUUAGGUCAGUACAACAUUGUACAUAGUGAUAUUGCAUACAGUUAGUAGGCCAAUACAACAUUGUAUACAUUGAUAACAUUGCAUACAGUUAGGGCAGUACAGCAUUGUAUACAUUGAUAACAUUGCAAACAAUUAGUAGGCCAAUACAACAUUGUAUACAUUGAUAACAUUGCAUACAGCUAGGGCAGUACAGCAUUGUAUACAUUGAUAACAUUGCAAACAGUUAGGGCAGUACAACAUUAUAUACUAGUACAUUGAUAACAUUGUAUACAGUUAUUAGGCCAAUACAACAUUGUAUACAUCAUGUACAUUGAUAACAGUGCAUACAGUUAGGGCAGUACAACAUUGUAUACAUUGGUGUCUAAGCAGCCUAUGAUACCCAGCUUCAUGGUGAAUGUGUUGAAUUAUAUAACAGACGGGACAGCUCAAAGUAGGAACACUAAGGUACUGCUGGCAAAAAAAAUUCAAAGCUGAGCAUUUUUUUUCUUGCAUGUGUGUUCCAGUAGUGUCUCAGGAUAUUUAUGUCACUAUUACAAAAUGAAUAUCACAAUGUGAUUGAAAAACUAUUUGUUGUAUGUUUAUCAAGAUAUACAAGAUUCUUGACAUAAUCCACUGACAGCUGUAUUUGGACAAGAUCUUUUCGUUACGCCUUUUUUAAAAUUAAAGUCUGCAUACAAACAUUAUUGAUAUAGAAUAAAUUACCAUUGACAAUCAGAUAGCCUGCAGUGCAGAAUUAAGAGCAUGAAAUGUUGGUUUCAUUCAGGUUGUGGUGACAAUCAUGCCCUUUUCAUGCAGGACGUGUGUUCUGUAUCAUCCUGGCCGUUUGUUUACUAUUUCAUAUUUCUCUUUAAAUUUAAUACAUUGCAUGAGUUUAUUUGGCUUCUAAUGAAUUUGGUAUUAAAUAUUUCUGCAGAAA